AUGGACCACUCAAUGCAUAUGGGUCACGGCCAUGGUGGUAUGGACCAUGGGGAUAUGGAUAUGGGUGGGCAGUGCAAUAUGAACAUGCUGUUCAACUGGUCCUCUGAGAACUUGUGCAUUAUCUUCCGCAGCUGGCGCAUUACCGGACCCGUCUCCUUCCUAUUCUCGCUCGUCGCGAUCGUCAUCCUCACUGCUGGCUACGAGGGAAUCCGAUCGGUGACUCGGAAAUACGAGGCCACACAUGCCCAGCGUCUGGCUACGUUUGUGGCUACAUCCGCCAAUACAGGUGACGAUGAGAUCGCCGACCCUAUCAUUGCCAACGGCCUAGUGGACGCUAUCCAUCACACCCGCAACGAAGGCUCACCACUGCUUGUAGGAAGGGAUAACAGAGCGGCGCUGGCGCGUCGUGGUAAGGUUACCAUGGCUGCUUUGUAUGCCAUUCAGGUGUUCUAUAGCUUCUUCAUCAUGCUUCUGUUUAUGACGUAUAACGGUCCGGUCAUGAUUGCUGUUGCAGUGGGCGCGUUCGUUGGAUACCUGGCAUUCUCGGAGGGAACUCCAGCUUCCAAGACUAUUGCGUGUCAUUAA